UUACUGAAUUUCAGUAAUUGUGCUUGAGUCAUACCCAGCACGUGUGCAACCGUCUGGUGACACGCUCCUCUCCAGCGAUCACAGUGUGUUCUCCAGUCGUUUAGGAAACGAAUAUAAAGCGAACUGAUCGAUUCACGGUGGCUUGAGGAGUGCUAGUCUACUUGCGCAUUAUGUAUCGUGCCUGCUUUCUCGUCGUAGUCGUCGCCUUCCAGGUGUUCUCGCUCGUGGCAUCUCAGGAAAACAAUGAUGUACUCGAUAGUUUCAAGGUCUUCGAAAACUUUCCAUUUGGUGUUGCGAUCACUGACAACGACAAUGACACCAUUUUUGAAUGUGUGACGGCAAAAAGAGCCUGGUUAGAUAUGGACUCCAAGAAGGUUGAAUACGUUUGGCUGCUGAAGGGUCCCAAGGGAACUCCAAGAAAAACAAUUGCCUUCUACGCAGCCGAAGGAAACAGCCCUGACACAUUCCUGUUCAUGGAGGGCUCAGAUGACGCCCCACCAGUAGUAGGGAAGCUUUACUAUAGCGACUACAAGACCUGCGCCGUCAUAGAUAUGUCUCACCAAUCACCUCGGUGCAUAUUGUGGGCAACAGAAACCAGCAAAGAUUCGCUUCCUCAAGAAUGCCUCGACCAGUUCGAAAAAAAUUGCGGCGUAGGAAUACCUGUGUACACCAAGGACCUAUGUGCGGACAGUGAGGUCGCCAACUGGUGAUGCAAGCUUCAAAAGGAGUGUAUAAAGCCUCACCCGCUGUACGUAAACGGUUCGAAUGGGAACUUGGAAGCACUGGAGAAUUUGGGAUCACGAGUGCACGGUGGUCAAGAACGCUG